CACACCACACACACGCCCACACAAUCUCAUCUCACACCUCUAUCACCUUCCUCACCAUUCUUCUCUCUCUCUCUCUCUCUCUCUCUCUCUCUCUCUCUCACUCUCUGCAAUUCUUCCCCAAAUAAUUCCGUCAAAAAUGGAACUGAAGAUUUGUUAACAAUCACCAAAUCAAUCGUAUCGGCAAAAAUGCAAGUGUUGGCUUUCCAGAGGUCUCAAAUUGUACUAUCAAGUAAGAAUGGCGGCACCAAUCAGAUUCCCCCAAUUUCUGCUCUGAUUCAUUCACUCCCCUUCUCUCCUUUCCUUCCCAUAAGAGUUCGUCCGCCGCGCUCGUAUUCCUUACGAUGCAAGGUAUCAUCCAAGUUGGUUUUGCGGAGCAGAACAAUAAGAGCGCAUGCAUUAAAUGUCGGAACGGGAUCUGGUGGCUAUGAAGAUACGCAUGAAAAUAACAACCAAAGUUCCUCUCUUGAUGGACAACAACAUAGUGAUGCUUCAUCGAAAAUUUUGAGUGGUGCAUCUCCUGAUCGAAUUCCUUAUCCUUUAUCUAUAGCUUUUGUGGUGUGUGCAUGUGCUUUGGUAUUUUCACUUGUUGUCUUCACAAAAGGACCUUCCUCGAUCUUGCCAGCUCUUGCAAAGUCGGGCUUCACCGCCGCGUUCUCUUUGAUUUUUGUUUCUGAAAUCGGAGACAAGACUUUUUUCAUUGCCGCGCUUUUGGCCAUGCAAUACAAGAAACUGCUGGUUCUUUUGGGAUCAAUGGGUGCACUAUCCCUUAUGACAAUCCUGUCUGUCGUAAUUGGUCUCAUAUUCCAUUCCGUACCGUCUCAAUUUCAAACAACCUUGCCAAUCGGGGAAUAUGCAGCUGUAACGCUUUUGAUGUUCUUCGGCCUUAAAUCUAUCAAAGAUGCAUGGGACCUUCCAUCAGCUGCAGCUAAAUCUGCUGAAGAAGGAAACCAAGAAUCUGACGAAUUUACCGAAGCUGAGGAGCUUGUCAAAGUUAAGGCUUCAAAGAAGCUCUCGAAUCCCCUCGAAAUUAUCUGGAAGUCAUUUAGCCUCGUAUUUUUCGCUGAAUGGGGGGACCGUUCAAUGCUGGCAACAAUAGCUCUUGGUGCAGCACAGUCACCUUGGGGAGUAGCAAGUGGAGCCAUUGUAGGUCAUCUCUUAGCAACAACUAUUGCAGUACUCGGAGGCGCAUUUCUUGCAAACUACAUUUCUGAAAAACUGGUGGGAUACAUUGGUGGAGCAUUGUUUUUAGUUUUUGCAGUCGCCACGUUUUUCGGAGUGUUUUAACGAAGGACUAGAAAAGUGGGAAGGGAAUACUUUUUCAGCAUUCGUAAGAGCUGAAAUACCGAAGAUUUGCUCGUGUAAGUUAGCCUCAAUUCAUUGGUUAAUAGGGGAUUAAUAUUGUGAAGGUGAUCAUUUUAUUUAUUGUUGUAACAUUUUUUCUUGUAAAAGUCUUUACACGAGUAGAAUAGAACAUGUAGGAGCACUUGUUGAUAUAGUUCAUUAACGAGGAAUCGAAGACGUAAAUUUUAUGAUCAGAAAAUGUUAAGUUUGCUUCGUAGA